AUGGGAAGCAAACCCAAAAUUACAAGAAUUCAACAUUGUCAUGAGCAACCGACAAAGGGGCCCAUUACCAAGGAGCUGACACAGUUGAUCAUUCCACUGUGUUCAGCUACAAGUAUGGCAGGGUCACACUCAGGGCCAAGUGUAUUCUGCAGAUUGGAGACGGCCAGACGCGGCCAUAGAACCGUCUCUGUGUAUGAAUGGAGCAGCGGUGGCUGCAUUGUGAUGGUAAUGCGGCGGCGCUGCACGUAUAAAGGCGCGCGCGGCCUGCUCCGGCCAGUCACCGCCGACAUGUGGCGCCCUCUACACCUGCUGCUGCUGCUGCCGGCGCUGCUGAUACUCUGGAGCGGCUGCAGCGAGGCCGCGCCCUUCCUCAACCUGCUCGGCCUGCUCGCCAGUGGCAGCACUAACAGCUCGGGCCUGCUGGAGACGUUGCUGCUGUCUCACCUGCAGAAGAAGAUCAACGCGCUCAACGUGCUCGAGGACUUCAUCGCCAUCGCCGCCAACAUCACCGGCGGAGUAUACAUACAGGCGCGCGCGCCCUGCUCCAACCAGUCGCCGCCAGUCGCCGCCAGUCGCCGCCAGUCGCCGCCAGUCGCCGCCAGUCGCCGCCAGUCGCCGCCAGUCGCCGCCAGUCGCCGCCAUGUGGCGCCCCCUGCACGUGCUGCUGCUGCUACCUGCCCUGCUUCUCUGGAGCAGCUCAGCGGAGGCAGGCCCACUGUUCGAGUCUCUGAGUCUCCUCCCCAGGGGAGGCUCUUACUGACUAAACAGCAGCCCGUUUCUUCUCCUGCUCGGAGCCGAGGUAAACCAUUAGGCUUCUACCCGCAAGCCGCGCACCCCAGCUGGACAGUAAUCCUGGUGGGCCACACCAGGUCGUGCGUGAACUCGAUACUCACAUAUGGCUCAGGCUACCAAAGCGCUAGCAACGUGUCGGAGCACCUGCAGCACCAGCUCGCCGCGCUGGAGCUGCUCGCCGGCCUCGCCAGCCUCGCCGCCGACACCGCCGGCGCUGAACUUGACCGGGGGUAUAUAAGCGGAACUGCGGCUCACCGCUGGCAGUUGAGUUCUAAGUCUAAAGCGAUUCGGAAGAAAAGGAAGAAGUGA